UCAUGGAGGAUGGAGCUUUAGAGGUGGGACCCACAGUUCUGCUGAUGUGAAUUGGGUUUUGCCCAAGAACGGACAAAAGCUUUUCGCACAUUCAGGCAGCCAAAUACAAGGGCAUAGCUUGAGCUCCUUGCAGAGGGAUUUUUCAGCAUAACGCCCAUCAACGUUGAAAUUCAGAGGAGUGUGAAUGUGCGACCUGUUGGAUGUGAGCGUCUUCUUUUAAAGCAGACUUGCAAUAUCCUAAUCUCUCACUUGCCUGGGGUACUGUACAGAUGCAUAAUGAGGAGACUGUUCAUUCCCUGAAGAGCUGACAGUCUAACUAGAGAAGACAGACAAAAGGUGCGAGAUGAAGCAGCAGUACAAAGAGGUGAAGAGACCCUUCAGCGUUCCUGUAAGUACGUCUCAUCCUGGGAUUGGAGGGCGCCUCCUGAUUUGAGAUCUGAACCAUGUCCCACCCAUCAUGGCUGCCGCCAAAGAACACCAAUGAACCCAUCGGUCACGUCACUGCAAGAAUGGAGACCACGCAUGCUUUUGGGACCCCCAGCAUCUCUGUGUCCACGCAGCAGACGCCAAAGAAGUUUGCACCCGUUGUUGCACCAAAGCCAAAGUACAAUCCAUACAAACAGCCGGGGAGUGAUGAUUUCCCGCCGCCGCCGCCGCCACCACCACUUCCUGGAGAUGAUCUCGGGAACCUCCCAGCGCCUCCUGGUGCCUUUCCCCCCCCACCUUCUACGGAUGAGGCUGCUUUCAGUGUGCAGGUAAAUCCCGGUGAGAAGACGCUUGAAGAAAGACGAUCCAGUUUAGAUGCGGAAAUCGACUCCUUGACCAGCAUCCUGGCUGACUUGGAAAGCAGCUCCCCAUACAAGCCACGGACUCAACAGGGCUCUGGGUUCGCCACCGGCUCCCCAGUUACUUCUCCCCCGGGAUCUACUCCGGUUACUGGGCACAAGCGGAUGAUCAUUCCCAACCAGCCGCCUCUGACUGCCACCAAGAAGUCUACUGCCAAGGCACCGGUGCAACCUGCUGCUCCGCCCGCCCCAGUCCCAGUUACUCCUGUUGGUACACUAAAACCUCAGCCACAGCCAGUUCCAGCUUCUUAUAUCACCGCGUCCACUCCCACCCGACCGGCGUUCAACGUACAGGUGAAAACAGCCCAGCCAAGCCCUCACUUCCAGCCACCUGGCCCACCGCCCGUUCAGUACGGGCUGGGUUCAAACCAGUCCUACGCUCCUCUGCCAGCACGGCCCCCGGGGCCAGCUCAGUAUGUUCCAUCUCAGCCUCGUGGCCCUGACUAUGGGUAUGCUCCCCAGCCUGCACGUCCUUCGGAGCCUGGCUAUGGCUAUGCACCUUCACAGGGGAGGUAUCAAGAUCUUUACUACCCUGCAGGCCCUGGAUAUGGCGGAAGAAAUGGCUCAGAACCAUCCUAUGUGCCGCAAAACACCUGGAAGCCCGAGCCGGCCUAUCCCACAGCUAACACCAUGGCCCAAAAUCCACCUGGGCCGUACCAACCGCCCAGCACAAAGAAGACCUACAUUACGGAUCCGGUGUUGGCACCUCCUCCACCACCCAUGCAGCCAAAGAGUGGGUACCCUGCUUCUGGCUCGGCAUCGAACGUUCCUUUGUUCAGACCCGAGGAUGAGCUGGAACAUCUGACCAAGAAGAUGCUGUACGACAUGGAGAAUCCGCCCUCUGAUGACUACUUCGGCCGCUGUUCCCGUUGCGGUGAGAAUGUUGUCGGGGAAGGCACUGGCUGCACCGCCAUGGACCAAGUGUUCCACGUGGAAUGUUUUACCUGCAUGACCUGUGGUAACAAGCUCAGAGGCCAGCCUUUCUACGCGGUGGAGAAGAAAGCGUAUUGUGAACCCUGCUACAUCAACACACUGGAGCAGUGCAGCGUCUGUGCCAAGCCCAUCAUGGAGAGGAUCCUGCGCGCCACGGGGAAAGCCUACCACCCCCACUGCUUCACCUGUGUGAUGUGCCACCGCAGCCUGGAUGGCAUCCCCUUCACUGUGGAUGCCGGAGGGAACAUUCACUGCAUCGAGGAUUUCCACAAGAAAUUUGCACCGCGAUGUUCCGUGUGUAAGGAGCCCAUUAUGCCUGCCCCCGGUCAAGAGGAGACCAUACGCAUUGUGGCAUUAGAUCGUGACUUCCAUGUCCAGUGCUACCGGUGUGAGGACUGUGAUGGCCUCCUGUCUGAAGGGGACAAUCAGGGCUGUUACCCUCUGGAUGGACACAUCCUUUGCAAGACGUGCAACUCAGCUCGGAUCCAGGCACUCACCGCUAAGGCCAGCACUGACCUUUGAGCAUCUACCACCACACUCCCAUAUUUGCCUGUUGGGGGAAUUGCACAACCUUUCCAUUUAGCAUGACUCCUUUCCAGCCUAGGACCUAAUUCUCUAUUGAACAAGUAAAGCUGGAAGGCCUUGGGACAAGCGGGCAGUUUCUAAGUUUAUCUCUAUUUGAUUCACAUCUCCUAAGAAGCACAUUAAAAUUGGGAUGAUUGGG